AUGGCUUUCGGAUUAUUCAAGAGGUCGGGUCCGCGACCUGAUGAGCCAGAUAGCUUGUCAUCUGGCGUAGACAAUCCUCACACCGCUCAAGCCGUACAAGCUGAUUUAAAAGCUUUCCAAAUCGAGCACAAAUGGGAUCCCAACCUUCCCCAGGAGAGCAUUGCGGUGGUUUCGGAAGCUUUACGGGCGGACGAUCUCGAGAAGAAGGUUGCCGUUGAGGUCAACCUCCUCGAAGAAGACUCGCCAUACCCAGAAGUACGCGCAGCCGUCAGAAAUUAUGACGACGAGACAUCUGCAAAUACAGUGCGCGCCUGGGUUAUCGGAAUUUUGUGGACGACAAUCGGUUCGGCCGUCAACAUGCUUUUCUCCCUCCGCAACCCGUCAAUUGCGUUGACUCCUGUUGUGACACUACUUUUGUCCUAUCCAUUUGGUGUUGCGUGGACAUAUGUCAUGCCAAAGAAGAAGUUUAGAACGUUCGGAAAGGAAUGGUCUUUGAACCCGGGUUCUUUCAAUCAAAAGGAACAUGCACUGAUAGUGAUUAUGGCCAACGCUUCAUUUGGAGGAACGUUUGCAUAUUCCACCGAUGUCUUGCUUGCCCAACAAGUUUAUUACGGUCAAAACUUCGGUUGGGGAUAUCAGCUCCUUCUCACAAUUACUUGCCAGAUGCUUGGUCUCGGAUUGGCGGGAUUGACUAGGCGGUGGCUCGUUGAGCCUGCUGCAAUGAUAUGGCCAUCGAAUUUGAUCACGACUACCAUGUUCGAGACUAUUCAUACCAGGAAGACACCCGACGCCCUUCAGCUCUCCGGCUGGAAAAUUGGUCGUUACAAGUGGUUCCUUAUUGUCAUGGGAGCUAUCUUUGUCUGGGAGUGGUUCCCAUUGUGGAUUGCCCCCUUGCUGGCAACAUUUACCUUUGCUUGCUGGAUUGCUCCAAACAACGUGACCGUCAACCAGGUUUUUGGAGGACAGACAGGUCUUUCAUUGAUUCCUUUGACAUUUGACUGGAGUGUCAUCACUGCCUUCGUUUUAUCCCCGUUAGUGUAUCCAUUCCACGCCAUUGGAAACACUAUGAUCGGUGUUGUGAUUUUCACAAUCAUCACAAGUCUAGGCAUCCACUUUACUGGUGCAUUGUAUUCUGAUUAUCUCCCAAUGUCAACUGGUGGAUCAUUCGACAACACCGGUGCUGCCUACAACGUUUCCAAGAUUCUGACUCCUGAAUACACACUCGAUCCAGAAAAAUACGCAGCUUACUCACCUCUGUUCCUAUCCACGACUUUUGCUCUAGCAUACGGACUUUCGUUUGCAGCUAUCAUUGCUGUGAUUGUACAUACUUAUCUCUACCAUGGUACUGAUAUCUGGCACAAGUUGAGGGCCUCUAGGUCUGAGGGCGCCGAUAUACAUCAAAAGAUGAUGCUGAAGUACCCCCAAGCUCCAAUUUGGUGGUUUAUGGUCAGUUUCGCCGUAUUCCUUGCACUGGGAUUUGUCACCUGUCUGGUUUGGGACACCCAUCUCACAUGGUGGGCUUUUAUCAUCGCAAUUUUGAUAUCCGUCUUCUUCUACUUACCGAUCGGAAUCGUCCAAGCCACAACAAACGUGCAACUCGGACUUAAUGUGAUUACUGAAUUCAUCAUUGGUUAUAUGCAACCCGGUAGACCCCUUGCCAUGAUGAUGUUCAAGAUGUACGGAUACAUCACCUGCUACCAAGGACUGUACUUCACACAAGAUCAAAAGCUUGCCCACUACAUGAAGGUUCCGCAAAGAGUCACAUUUUGGGCACAAUUUAUUGCGACUCUUUGGUCUUGCUUUGUUCAGAUCGCCGUCCUCAAUUGGGCUUUGGGAAAUAUCAAAGACGUCUGCGAUCCAGAUCAGCCUGCGCAUUACAGUUGUCCAAAUGCCCACGUUUUCUUCACGGCUUCCAUCAUCUGGGGAGUCAUUGGACCGGAACGAAUCUUUGGUUCUAAUGGAAUCUACAACUGCAUGAUGUAUUUCUUCAUUUUAGGCUUGGUCUGCCCAAUCCUUGUCUGGUUGGCAGCCCGAAAAUGGCCCAACAGCAUUUUGCGUUACGUCUCCACGCCAGUCAUUUUCGGUGGAACUGCAUAUAUCCCUCCUGCGACUGUCAUGAUCUACGCCAGUUGGGGAUUUGUUGGAACUAUGUUCAACAAAGUCAUCAAGGGUCGCCAUCCAGGUUGGUGGACAGAGUACACUUACAUCACCUCCGCAGCCUUGGAUUCGGGAACUAUCAUCUGCGUCUUGCUCAUCUUCUUUGCUCUGCAGCUACCCGACAAAGUUUCGCCUCCUCAAUGGUGGGGUGGCUUUAACGGCGGCUUCAUGAACAAUGUUGACUGGAAUGCAACGCCGAAAAUCGUCCUCACGAACGGUACUUUCGGUCCUACAUCUUGGAAAUAG